GAUAUAUAACGGCAAACUACGAAAAUUAGCAACGGCAACAUGUUGCUGCCGUCGCUGCUGUUGCUGCUGCUGCUGCCGCUGCGGAGCUCUGCGCAACUGCUGAAUCAUCCGCCGCAAUUUGUGCCUGGCUCGGGAGAUAUGUCACGCUUUAGCCUAAGCGAGCAUACGCCAGUUGGCAGUCCAGUUUAUCAACUUAAAGGCAGCGAUCCAGAGGGUGGCCGACUUAAGUACAGCAUAAGUGGGCCAGUGUUUUCAGUGGAUCGCGAGACGGGCGUAGUGCGACUGCGUCAAGAGCUGGACAGAGAAACGCAAGACAGCAUCGAAGUGAUUAUAAGCAUAACCGACGAGGGUGUAUUUGGCAGCGAACCGAAUACAGUCUCGCAAAGACGUGAAAUACCCGUGCGGGAUUAUAAUGAUAAUCAGCCCACGUUCCAUGGACGUCCCUAUACCGCAAGCGUUAGCGAGAGUUUGCCUGUGGGCGCAGAGCUGGCCAUAGCUCCAGCCAUAAUUGUUACAGAUCGUGAUGAGGGCAUAAAUGCGGAGCUGCAGCUCAAGUGUGUGCCGGAAAAUGAUAUUUGCGACAUCUUUGGCAUACGCGCUGUUAAAUUAGCCGAUGGAAAUUACACUGCACGCGUGGCGCUCAAACAGCCGUUGGACUUUGAAAGUCGUCCGUCCUAUAUAAUGACCAUAGUUGCUUCAGAUAGCGCAUUGGAAAAUCGUCUAAGCUCGUUUGCUACGAUUUCUAUUAAUGUCGUCGAUGUGCAGGAUCAGCUGCCAGUGUUUACCAAUGCGCCUUAUUCGGCUACAGUGCCGGAGAAUACGCCACCUGGUGUUAGCAUUUUGAGUGUCAAAGCUAUUGAUGGUGAUGUGGGCAUACCACGUGAAAUCUUUUUGUCGCUCGAGGAUGAACCUUUCGGGCACUUUGAGUUGGUGCCGUUUGGCAAUGCGCUGGAGGGUCAAGCAACGCUGCAAACUACAAAUGUGCCGCUGGAUCGUGAGCAUCCGGAUAUAUUACAAAAUGGCGGCGUCUAUGUGUUUAGCAUACGCGCUACUGAGCUCAUAGAUGGCGCUAUGCCUGCUGAACAUGCCAUAACCAGAGUAACUAUAGUUGUUACCGAUGUGGAUGAUCAUAAGCCCACAUUUAAUGCGCCAGAAUUUAAUGUGAGCAUAGCAGAGAAUUUAGCUAAUGGCAUGCCGCUGCCUGGACUGGCUAUAUUCGUGGACGAUUUGGAUAUGGGCGAGCAUAGUCGCUAUGAGCUGCAGCUUAGAGAUGUGCGCAAUGCCGCUGGCGUGUUUGCUGUUGCACCACAGCAGGCGCAAGGACGCACGCCCGUUGUGAUCAAAGUGCUGAAUAGCUCCAGACUGGACUAUGAUGCACCCACGCAGCGUAGCUUUGAGUUUGAUUUAAUAGCUUCCACGCAAGGCGUGCAGCAGGCCAAGGCGCGUGUUUUGGUGCAUUUACUGGAUGCCAAUGACAAUGCGCCGCAGUUUACGCAGCAAACUUAUCGCUUUAGCGUGCCAGAGAAUUUAACGCUCAACAGUUUAAUAGGCUAUGUAAAUGCUACAGAUGCAGACUCUGGCGACUUUGGUCGUGUGCAGUAUAAACUCAAGGGCUUUGGUGCGCAUAGCUUCUUGGUAAAUGCGCAAACUGGCGGCAUUUACCUACAACAGUCGCUGGACUAUGAAAAGCAAAGCGCUUACAGCUUAACUAUGUUAGCUGUGGAUGGUGGUGGGCGCGAAACUACUGCCAAUCUGUAUAUAGAUGUUAUAGAUGUGAACGAUAAUGCGCCUAACUUUGAGCACGCCGAAUAUAGUCGCACUAUACGCGAAGGUGCAGCCAUAUUUGAGCCACAAUUCUUUGUGCGCGCACAUGAUGCAGAUGGUCCAACUCAGGGCAAUGGCAAAGUUAAGUAUGCCAUUGAAUCGGAGAACAGCAUAGCGGGCAAUGUUUUCCGCAUUGAGCCGCAUACGGGUGAGUUGACGCUGCAAAAGGCUGCGCGCUCUAUGGAUACAGAACGUGGUGAAUAUGAACUAAGCGUUUCAGCUACAGAUUUUGGCACUCCUGCUUUGUCCAACAGCACACGCGUUUUGGUGCGCGUUGGCAUUUCCGGCAAUCAGCGUCCCAUUUUCAAAGGACACUUUACAAACGUUGAAAAUCUGCCUGUUGUAGGUCCACCCAGUUAUCGUGUUUCAAUACCAGAGAAUGCUGCGCCAGGCUACAAUGUUACCACAGUCUCUGCACAUGAUCCUGAUGGCCUCGAUAGUUUGCUUAGAUAUCGCAUUGUGGGCGCUAAUGAUAAUUUCCUUAUCAAUGAGCUCUCCGGCUUGAUUACCGUUUCACCACAAGCGCACAUUGAUCGCGAUCUGAACAUGAACAGCUUUGAAAUUAUAGUAAAUGCUGUGGAUGCGGGCACGCCCAUACCCGAAACCGCCACCACCACAGUGUAUGUGAAUGUGAAGGACAUAAACGAUGAGAAACCCAAAUUCGAGCAGCAUAGCUAUGCAGCUUAUGUGUCCGAACGCACUGCCAUAGGCGAGAGCGUGCUGCGUGUGCGCGCCAUAGACAAGGAUUUGAACUCCAAACUGGAGUACAGCAUGCAGGGCGAGGUGCAGGCAACGACUAAAGCAGGCGUGAGCAUUGCCAAUCGCAGCAAUUAUCCAGUGCAGCAAGCGUUCCGCAUUGACAGCCAAAGCGGUGAAAUAUUUGUCAACAGCAGCUUGCGUCAUGAUGUGGCAGCUAUUAUAAUAUUUACGGUAAUGGUUAAAGAUUUGAAUGCUGAAGUGCAGCCAGAGCAGCAAAUCGAUACCACUGAAGUGACAAUCUAUGUGCAGUCGUUUAAGGAUAAAGAUCCAGUGUUUAAAAACGCAGGCUGGAGCAGUUCACAUCCAGUGUUGCAUAUUAGAGUCAAAGAGGAAAUGCCCAUAGACAGCGCGUUGUUUAUACUGCAAGCAGUGGAUCCGGUUACGGAGCAAGCUAUAAGCAGCUUUGAGCUUAUAGAACCUAAGCAGUCGGAGUACUUUUAUUUAGCUGCAGGCACAGGUGAGCUGUUGCUAAAGAAACGUUUGGACUAUGAGCAGCUAGCAGCAGCAGGCAGCGCUGAGUUUGAGCUGCAAGUGCGCGCCAAUAGCGCGGAUCGCACUCGCAGCAGCAUAAGCAGAGUUAACAUAACUGUGGAGAAUGUGAAUGACAACAGUCCAAGCUUUGAGCAGCGUGUAUACAAGGCAACUAUAAUAGAGAACAAAGGUUAUCCGGAGCGCGUGUUGCAGGUGCGUGCGCAUGACAAAGAUGCCGCGCUGAAUGCGCGUGAUGAGCGCUUGGGUUAUCAUAAGAUCAUUUACUCGCUGCAGGGCGAGCAUGCGCUGCUAUUCGAAAUCAACAAUACAACAGGUGAAAUUGUUGUGGCACGCAAUCAAAGCAUCGAUCGUGAGCGCACAGCGCACAUACAACUGCAAAUCAAAGCGGAGGAUUCGCCAGGCGCACCCACAGAAGCUAAGCAAAGCUUAGCUGAGCUGCACAUCGAUGUGCUGGAUGUGAACGACAAUGCGCCUGUGUUUAGUCAGAAAAGCUACAGCGCUGUUAUACCCGAAAAUGCGCGUGCCUUGGAGCAAGUGCUGCAGCUAGAAGCGAGCGAUGCGGAUGAGGGUCCUGGCGGUGAACUACGCUACGAUAUUGUUAACGAAGGCGAUGCCAACGGCUUGUUUCAAAUAAAUGCCGAGUCCGGACUGCUAAGCACACGUCGCAAUCUCACAGGCAAAGGACGUGCUGAGCCUUAUGUGUUAAUAGUGCGUGCGCAGGAUAAUGGCGGACAGCUGGCCAAGCAAUCAAGCUUAUCUACAGAUGUGGAGCUGCGCAUAUUCAUAGGCGAUGUGAGCGCUAAUGAUGGUGUGCCCUACUUUGUGGCGCCACGCGUGGGUCAGCGCGCGAAUGUUACAGAGAACGCUGCCAUAGGCGCGCCUGUGUUCCAAGUUAUAGCCAGCGAUCCAGAUGAUGAAAAUACGCCCUCGGGCACGUUAACCUAUCGCAUAUUGCCGGAUACAGCAGAUGCAGAGGCCUUUGCUAUAGAUGCGCACACAGGACUCAUUACCACACGCCAGCAACUGGAUCGUGAAACCAAAAGCAUGUACAAAGUCUUGCUGGAAAUCAGCGACAAUGGACAACCCAAGCAAACGUUGACUAGAGUACUAAAGAUUGAAGUGCUGGAUGUGGAUGAUCAUGUGCCGCGCUUUGUGCGCGAAAUUGACGCUGGACCGUUGUCGCUUACAGUUUGGGAAGCCAAACCCGCUGGCACUAUAGUGGGCAACUUUAGCGCUGUGGAUGAGGACGCAGGCGAAAAUGCUGCCAUCGAUUAUGUUAUCAUCGAAGGCAACAAUGAGCAGCUGUUUAGCAUCGAACGUGAUAACAAUAGCGUUGCUAUACUUAAGACUACAGCGCCCAUUGAUCGCGAGCUGGUGGAGUCCUUUACGCUCACUGUCAAGUGUUUGAAGCUGGGCGAGCCUGCUUACAAAUUUGUAGGCGACAGCUAUGAGCGUCAGGAUGCUUCACAGCUGCGCAUUAGCAUUAGCAUACUCGACAUUGAUGACAAUUUGCCGCAGUUUGCGCAGCCCGACGCUACAGUGGGCAUACGCAUUAAUGUACCCAUAGACACAGUCAUUACUACGCUGCAUGCCACAGAUUUGGAUGCAGAGGCAGCGCCCAUUGCACUCACUGUUGAGAAUGUUACAUUCGUGCCACAGUUUUAUAAGCGCAGCAAAGCACUUGCCACAGGCAACUUGCAGCGUCUGUUUACGCUCAACAAUCGCACUGGCGAGCUACGCACAGGCGGCUCCUUUGCUGACUAUGUCGAUGGCUACUUCUUGAUGCGCGUGUGCGCCAACAACUCCCAACAGCUCAAGCGUCAAAGCUAUACGCACAUCAAAAUCUUUGUCAUACGCGACAAGUCGCUGCUGAAAUUUAUUUUCGCACGUCCACCCAAUGAAAUUCAGCAUAAUAUUUUGCCUUUCCAGCAGCAGCUGCAGGCCAAGCUGAAGCCGCUGGGCCUGGAGCUGCAUGUGCUGGACACUCAGGUGUUUACACGCGCCGACAUGAGCUUGGACUUCACUGCCACAAGCAGCUGCUUUCAAAUGUUUAGAAACGGCAAUGCGCUGUCGCUGAGCGAAAUGCAAAGAUUAAUGAACUCGCAGCAGCUGCGACAAGAGCUGCUCGAUAUCUAUGCCAUGUAUGGAGUGAGCGAUUUGGAGUCCUGCUCAGUGCGCCGCACACACACAGCGGCGCUCUUUGGCAAUCUGCUGAUGUCUGCAGGCGCUUGGCUGGUUAUACUAGCCGCCCUCAUAGGCGUGGCAGCGUUGAUCUCGCUCUGCACUGCCUGUUGCCUUAAGAAAAAAUUCAAGCGCCAAAGCAAACGCAGCUUGCAGGCUAGUCUGCGCACGCCCACUGAGCAUACGCCCACUUCCUAUAGCUAUUCGAUGCCCGCUGUGCUUUACUCGGAGCCCAUCUAUGGACCAUUGUAGCGGCAACUGAUAAUCUGCACAGCCAGACAGCCGCGCUGCUUGCAAUACUAACUAGUAAAUUAUUAAGUUAAAGACUUAAGCCCUCGCUGCAUCUGCUGGUGCUUAAAACGAGAUUCACCUGUACAGAUGCAUUGCGGGGCUUUGCAGUAGCGACAGUCGUAAACUCAGAAAAUAGUUUCAGUAUAUUUGCAUAACUUGC